GGACACACCGCCUAUUCACUAGGACGGUGAGAAAUUGUGUGGAUAUGAAGGGUGAAGAGGAAGCGUGGUCUCAGAGUGAGAAGCACAUCUGCAAUAAGAAGAAAAAGGAAGAACGUCAUAUUUAUCAGCUGGGCAAGAUAUGAAAUUUCUGUGAAGGGGGUCGACUGACAGACCAGCAUCAUGUCUACCAUGAGGCCCAGGAAACGGGACAUGUGUGGAUCUCAGCUGGAAAACCUUGUUCUUAGCAAUUUCGGGGAGUGUUCCAAAACAUUGUGGACUAAUGGCAUGGACGGUUGUAGAGGAAGCCAUAGCUUGGCAGGGGCUUUAGCAACAUUACCACGCACCCACAAGCAGCUUUCCAAGUCAAGAUCAAAUUCACUGGUUGACUCAACACUAUCAGAACCGAACAGGAGAGUUGUAGUUAUCACGAAACAUGACAAUGAACCAUUUGGAUUUGAAAUUCAGACAUACAAGCUACAGCUGCCUUAUGGGACAGACACGAGGACAUACGUGUACAAAGUGCAUAAGGACAGCCCAUCCGAAAAUGCUGGAUUGAAAGCCGGGGACAUGCUCACUAAUAUUAAUGGAGUCAACAUGGAAGGAUUUAGUCACCAGCAGACAGUGGAACUCAUCCAAUCAUCGGGAAACUUUCUAAGAAUUGAAACAGAAUAUAGUACAAGAAUUAGACAAGCUGAACUGCAAGCUAAGCUACUUAUCUUAAAGGAAGAUUUUCGAUCAAAGUGGAAGGAAUUACAAAGUACCUUAAGAACAGAACACCAGCUGCUUCACGGGAAUAUAAAUGAGAGCAAAAUACAGGAAGAACUGGACUGCAUUCAUUCAAAGAUGUUUGGGAAUACGGCACCUGGUUCCUUCCUAAACAAACAUAGAUUUUCUAGCUCGAGCAGCGGAAAGAGCCUGUUAAGCUCCCUUAUUCUGAACAGUAAUGAUGAACUUGGAUCAAUGUCCGAGCUCGAUGAAGACUCUGGAACAGAAGCUAGUUAUAGCCGCCAAUCUAGUACUGAAGACGACCAUAUGUAUAAAUUAUAUGGACUCCCUUCCAUGAGGUCUUCCCUAUCUCGUCACAGAAGCAUUAGUAUGACAAGCAGUGAAAGUGAGUCAAUGUCACCGAACUGGGACUCUAUUAGUCUAUCAAAUUUUUUUGGGACAUUGCCACGUAAAGGUAGAAGAGGAAGCAUCCGAAAGCACCUCCUGAAAUUUAUUCCUGGUUUGCACAGAUCAGUAGAAGAAGAAGACUCUCAGCUAUAAAUGUAACUUCAAUAAAAUAUCAUCAGCAUUUAUAUGAGACGUUACAAAAUUUGCUGUAUACAUACAGUGAUACCCUAAUUUGGGAGUCAUGGACUACUAAAGUAAAAGUGGAAGGUGCUGCUAUGAAGCACCUGUGAUUCUGACCACAGUUUGGACCUUAGAUUGGUUGGACCUAAACUGAUCUUGCAACACAAUUUGACAUACAUGUUGUGAAUGACAUAGGCUGCCCAUAGACAUUAAAAGGGUUGUCUCAUCCAUAUUCCUAGAUGUGGGCAAGUGCCAGCCCACUAAGCCAAUCACCGGCCACAUCAAUGUCCAGCCUCAGCCCAUAAUUUGAUCAGCGGGCCGUCACUUGCCCGCAUCCAGGAAGGUGGGGGCCAGAGCGUGCCGGGAACAGAUAAUAGAUAAGAAGGGCCCUGUACAGGGGAUCGGGGAAGGGAAGGGGGUCCCAGCAGUCAGAUUCCCAUUGCUAUCAGACACUUAUUUCCUAUGCUGUGGAUAGCAGAAAGUGUCUGAUACGUUCAGUUUCCCUGAGAACCCCAUUAACUACAAAUACUUUUUUACAGUGACAUACAUAUGAGAGAGGGGGCCUAAUUUCAAAGCCAUGAGUC